GUCGAGCUCUCAGAGCAAACUAGAGCGUGCGUCACCUCGGUUUCAAAUUUCCCUCUAGUGAUCCCUAGCAGUUCGACAUCGCAGAGACAUUUCGCUACAGCCGAGAGUCCACUGAGUUAAAUUAUUUGCAUUUUCCAUAAAAAAUUGCAGAACAAUCUCAAUCCAUUCCAUCGUCAUUGCCACCCAUGGAGCUCCCCGCCCUUCGCAGUCGAUUAAAGGAGCUUCACGAGUGUUGCGGCGAAGACGUUCCUGAAUUAAACUCUCUGGACACAGAGAAAUUACUGCAGGAUUCUGCUCUUGAAUUGGAGAGCAGAAUACAGCAGAUUGUGUCCGAGUGCUCUGAUGUGGGUUUCUUAGAAGAUGGUGAUAUAGAUGCUUACUUAGAGCAUUUGAAGGAGGAACAUAACAAGGUGGAAGUUGAAAGCUCCAAUAUAGCUAAAGAGAUUGAGCGGCUUACCAAAAUGCAGAAAGAAGAUUCACACAUGUUGGAGGCUAAACUUGAAGAACUGAAAUGCUCUUUAGAUUAUGCCACAUUAAAGGUUAGUUGUCGAUUGAAGGAUCUAAAGACUGCAAGGGCAAGUGAAGGUGUUGAUGCUCAUAUGCUAGACGAUAACCAGUCAAGUUUGACCACUGCACAUGAAGACGAUAAUUUAGAGCUAUUAGAACUUGAUAAUAAGAUUGAUGAAAUGAAGUCAAAUGUCAAGUCUCUGCAGGAUAUUAAGCAUCUGGUCAAUUGGUUUGAUAUGGUGGAUCAGAUUGAGGAUGCACUGAUGGGCUUAAAAGUGCUUGCAUUUGAUGAGAAUUGCAUCAGGUUGUCAUUACAAACCCACAUGCCAAACAUUGAUGCAACUGAAGUGAACCAUGAGUUAUUAAUCGAAGUUUUAGAAGGAACUAUGAAGUUAAAGAAUGUUCAGGUUUUUCCGAAUGAUAUAUAUGUGACCGACAUUGUUGAUACUGCAAAAUCUCUCAGCAAUUCUUCAUUGCAGUGGCUUAUAAGAAAAGUGCAAGAUAGAGUUAUACUUAGCUCACUUAGGCGUCUUGCAGUAAAGGAUGCUAACAAAUUAAGAUAUUCGCUUGAAUACUUGGAUAGAGAUGAAAUUAUAGUGGCUCAUGUCGCUGGAGGAAUUGAUGCAUUCAUAAAGGUAUCUCAAAAUUGGCCGCUGUAUGGUCCUCCAUUGAAGCUUAUAUCUCUCACGGGAUCAGAUAAUCUGAAGGAAAUUUCUCUAAGUUUUCUCUGCAAAGUUGAGAAGUUAGCCAAUUCAUCAGAUUCUCAUAUUCGGCAAAAUAUACCAAGCUUCGUGGAUGCCAUUGAAAAGAUACUGAUAGAACAGAUGCAGUCAGACCUUCAUGCCGAAGAUAGUUCGGCCCAUUGAUAUUUGUGAUACUUUCAGAUUGUACAUGCCUCUAGAGUCUAUUUGCUUUUGGUCUGUUGAAUCACCAAUCGUUCGUUCAUAUUCUUGAAAUCUUUCCUUUUGCUCAAGCA